AGAGAUUUUUGCAGACUUUUUGCAGCAGUGUUUAAGCCAGAAUUCCUGAGUCAGAUAAAAUGGUUUGAGCGUUCAUACAGAAAUUAUUUAUCUCCUUGGAUCCAGUAGCGAAUAUCAGAUUAUCCAAAACAGCGAAAUAAAGGAAUUUGCAGUAAAAAAAACAGUCGUUAAAACAUGCUAUGGGCAAAAAUACUUGAAGAAAAGUUUCAGACAUAGGCGUUGAUGCUAAACCCAUGAUGUGUAACUAUUAUUUGUGUCUUUAGGGUGAUCGGCAGUCGUUAGGAACUGCAGUAGGCCGGGGUAAGAUGGAACAUGUUUUUAUUUUCUUUUAUCGUCCCGUUUGGUAGUAAACAAAAAAUAUUUACAGAGUUAUAAAACCGUAUUUUCACGACUCUAAAAGAGCGUUGUAUAUUGUUUAACACACGAUUAGAGAAUAUGGUGUAAUAACGGUAGCCAUCUUACCCCUAUUUACUGUGUGCGCAUUUUUUCCGUUACGCUUUGGUCUAUUGGGCCUCGAUAAUUAUAUCCGUAUACAGAACAUAAUAGGCAAAAUGCGAAAGCUGAGAGACCUAAUUACGGUCAGUGGUUUGCUGUUGUUUUCCUGUUUAUCCACCGCACAAAACAUAGCAGAUGUAAACCUCUUAUCCUCGGUCGAGCAAGAAGCCACACAAAGACAACUUUCUACCAAAAGAUUCCAAGAAACAUUUACGAAUUCGGAAGAUGUGUUUUUGAUUGCACAGUUUGAAUCGAUUUCUCAACGAAACUCUCGCAUCUUUGCUCUCGAGCAAGUGACGCCCCGCUCACACCGUUACAGACCAACAUCCGCUGUCGAACUAUUGGUGAACAGCAGGACCGACACCGUUUCGUUAAAAUACGCCAACAACCAUCGCGGCCACACAUUACUCAAGUUCGAAGGCGCUGGAAUAUCCGCUAGAGGUCGCCAUGUGCUUAUACUUCACUUCAAGUCAACAGCCAGUGCAUUGAGGACGUCACGCAAUAUUAAAUUAUUCGUCGACUGCUCCUUUAUUAGGGAAUUCCCUCGCGUUUCCGGCCUCGACGAAGCUAUUUCAUCAACUGGGCCCAGAUCUCAGAUCGUUAUUGGUGGGCAACAUUCAAGUGACACUCGCACACACGUUAUUGGACUUCGUGCAAAGUUUGGCGGCACACUUAGUGAUAUACCUGAGACGAACGAAUGUCGGCUGCAAACUGAUCAAUUCAAUGAAUUUGGUAAAUCCACAACAAUAGGAGCCGAUAAUGACGUAGCCACCGUGUUGGCUGCUCAGUUGCUGCAGUUUACUCGUAUGAUGACGUCACUGAAAACUGACAUGAGACACAUGGCGCAGGAGACCGCCCUCUUGCGGCAGACGAUAAUUCGAUGCCACGCCUGUGGUGGAGUAGAUGCUGCAACAGACGGUGGAAGCCAAUCAAUCCGUAUUCCUACGACGCCACCUACCGACUGCGAUGCGAACAACCCAUGUUUUCAGGGAGUGCAAUGCACUCAGAGUAACAGCGGCGAGGUCACGUGUGGAUCCUGUCCAAUGGGAAUGAUCGGCGACGGACGUGACUGCCAAGAUAUUGACGAGUGCACUCGUGCCAACCCAUGUUCACCACUGACAAGUUGUGUGAACACCGAACCCGGAUACCAAUGCACGCCAUGUCCCCUUGGUUAUACGGGUGGGGGCGCGGAAGGUAUCGGAAUAGACUACGCAAGAUCUCACAGGCAAGUUUGUACAGAUAUAGAUGAAUGUGAAAUCCAUAAUGGUGGCUGUGGAAAUCACUCGCAAUGUAUUAAUACAGCGGGUUCAUUCCGUUGCGGGCAAUGUCUACCAGGCUACAUAGGCCACCCUUCAAUAGGUUGUGAACCAAUGGAAAGAUGUGGAGAUCCAGCAAGAGGACAAAUAGAUUCAUGUCAUCCUUAUGCUGAGUGUUUGGUUAGACGGAGAAACCCAAUAUGUCAGUGUACAGUCGGUUGGGCGGGCAACGGAUUCAUUUGUGGAAUUGAUUCUGACUUGGACGGAUAUCCAGAUGCAGCCCUGCCAUGCACUGAACAAACUUGUCGUAAGGAUAAUUGUAGAUUGACACCGAACAGCGGGCAGGAAGACGAGGACUCUGAUAGGAUUGGAAACGCGUGCGAUGAUGAUUCGGAUAACGAUGGGAUAAACGAUAUACAUGAUAACUGUCCCAACGUACCAAACUUGGAUCAGCUCAACUCUGACUCCGACACAAUGGGUGACGCAUGUGAUAAUUGUGACGCAGUUCCUAAUUUUGACCAAUCAAAUAUCGACAACGAUCAAUAUGGUGAUGCAUGUGACGUAGACAAAGAUGGCGACGGCAUUGAAAACCGAAACGACAACUGCCCUAGCGUUCCUAACCCUAAUCAAAACGACCUCGACAACGAUGGUCUUGGAGACAUAUGCGAUAACUGCCCUGUUCAUCCGAAUCCACACCAGACUGAUACUGAUAAUGACAGAGUCGGCGAACAAUGCGAUAAUAAUUUGGAUAAAGACGGUGACGGAGUCCAAGACAACCGAGAUAAUUGCCCGAACGUAAUCAACAGUUCUCAAUUGGACACGGAUAAUGACGGAAUAGGUGAUGAUUGUGACGACGAUGACGACAACGAUGGUAUACCUGACGUCACCCCACCUGGUCCAGACAACUGUCGUCUCGUUUCCAACUUCGACCAACGCGAUUUAAACGGAGACGGAGUCGGUGACGUAUGCGAGUUCGACUUCGACGCAGAUCAGAUCGAAGACAGAUUCGACGUAUGUCCGGAAAACGCGGAGGUUCACCAAACCGAUUUCCGGAUGUACCAGACUGUCACGCUUGAUCCGCUUGGGGAUGCACAGAUAGAUCCUUUAUGGGUUGUGCAGAAUCAGGGGCGUGAAAUCAUACAGAUAAUGAACAGUGAUCCUGGGUUGGCCAUUGGCCACACCGCGUUUAAAGGCGUGGAUUUCACCGGCACGUUUUACGUGAACACAGUUACUGACGAUGAUUAUGCAGGUUUUAUAUUCGCUUAUCAGGAUAGCAGUAGUUUCUACACUGUUAUGUGGAAGCAAUCAAAGCAAACUUACUGGCAGUCGACUCCGUUUCGCGCAGUUGCUCAACCUGGUAUCCAACUAAAGGUGGUUAAGUCAGAGACUGGGCCAGGUGAGACGCUUCGUAACUCUCUAUGGGAAACUGGGGAUACACCAAACCAAGUUCGACUACUAUGGAAAGAUCCUUUAGACGCUGGGUGGAAAGACAGAACAUCUUAUAGGUGGCAGUUAAUACAUCGGCCAUCAGUUGGAUACAUAAGGCUUAAGAUGUUUGAAGGAGCAAAACUGGCUGCUGAUUCUGGCAUGAUAUUGGACUCUACUAUGAAAGGCGGUCGGUUGGGAGUGUUCUGUUUUUCGCAAGAGAACGUAAUAUGGUCAAACCUACAGUACAGAUGUAACGAUACGAUUCCAAACGACUUUUUCCCGACUGGUGAAAGGCCAUGAGAGGACCAGUUUAUUUCAAGACUGUCACAUCACUUUUAUAAACGCUUUACUAACCUAAAAAAACACAAGUGCUAUAUUACACUGCAAAACUGCAUUAAACAUAUAUGCUACUAUCACUACCGAAUUAUUGAAACCUAUUAAGUCGUCUGUUACGCGCAAAAUGACGAUUGUGAGUGUUUAGUAACCUGUUGUUUGUCAUAAUACAUAUAUGUGGCGUAUAUAAUAUGUUAGUUCUUAUGUUUAAACUUUAAAAUUUGAAUUUAAAACUGUGGACUAGCCGUUCGCGCGCAAAUGCAUAAAUUUCGUUGAUUUUAAAAACAGUUUACGCGUAGACCGCAUUUUUAACAUUAAGCUAUACUGUUCGCACGAAUAAAUAUGCUAUAUAGUAAGUUGGGCUAUAACAGUCCGGGUUUUCACUCUCUUUUAUUGCAUCUAUGAGUAUUAACAGUAUAUACACGUAUUCUCACGACUCUAGAAGUUUUAAAUUGUUAAAAUCACGAUUAUAAAAUAUGGGAUAUUAUGUGCUAACGGUAUCAAUCUUACUAUACUAUACUGUAUGUAGCUUUAAACUACAUACAUGGGUAACCUGGCUAUGCUAGUUUGUUGUUGUGAGCUACAAAAUCCUCUUAAAACACAUUUCGCAUAUUUCAUGCUAAUACACGACAAUGAGACGCUUAUUAAUCAAAUCUAAUUAAGUUUGCAUGCCCAAAUCAACUUAGUUUCUGAAAUCGGAUUACACACACGUAUAAGGAUGUCUCA